AUGCUAGAACUUUCAAUAACGACAUCAGUUGAACAUAAAAAAUCUGCUGCACUUGAUAAUAUUAAAAAUAAUAGCGGUGAUAAAAAUAUGACAACCCCAACAAGCAUUUUACGCAACAACAAUAAACCAACCAAGUUUGUCCCUACACCACUUUCUGAUAAUUCCGAUUCUGAACAAGAAGCCAGUGGUAGUCAGGAUUAUGGGGUUGGUUAUGAAACUGAGCCAGAAGAUCUUGAACCGAUGGAGGCUCGAGAAACACUUCAGCACGAACAAUUGGUCAAAGCCGGCUAUCUGUUUAAAAAACAAGAGAGACGAAAUGUACGAGGAAAGCAUUGGAAACGUCGUUGGUUCGUGCUAAGGUCUACGAAAUUAGCCUAUUAUAAAGAUGAGAAGGAAUAUGAACUUCUUCGCAUUUUGGAUAUGAACGAUGUGCAUGCAGUCGCACCAGUAGAGCUUAAACACAAGUCUAAUGUAUUUGGAAUAUUCACAUCAAAGCGAACAUACUACAUUCAAGCUAACAACAAAAAAGAGCUUAGUGAAUGGAUUGAUGCCUUGAACAAAAUAAGUGCACAAGUCCAAGAUGAGGAAGAGUUGCUGGAAGACGAAGACGAAGGAAGUCAGGCUGAUAGUGAAGAGAUGGCUUCCAAGCAGGCGAGAAUCGCUACACCAAAACGAUCUUCUAAAUUGGCUUUUAGGGAUCCGCCGCUUCGAGUUAAUUCCUCCGUUACAAUAUUGGAAAAACCACUUGCGGCGUCACCCACAAAUACUAUGGCUGUUGAUAUACCUUUUGUUCAAGGGAAUAACCAUGCUCGUGCAAAUGGCGAAGGCAAUGCGUCUAUUUCUUCAAAUACUUCAGCAGCAUCAUUUGGAAAUGUACCUUCAAUACCGUCAAGUCCUAUCACAGUGAAUUUUUCGCCACCGGAAAGGAAAGACAGUAGUGAUCCAACUGCUAGUUCUGAGGAUGAUGAAGGCAUAUAUGAGGGAUUGCCGUCAAAUAGCGCUGGAAUUUUCGGUGAUGAAUCAGAAAAUAGUCAAACAAUAUAUUCCGGUUAUUUAUAUAAAUUAAGUAACAGAUACAAGACUUGGAAAAAAAGAUGGUUUGUACUUAGGACCAAUACUCUGAAUUAUUAUAAGAAUGAAAAGGAACGCGAGGCACUUCGAGUAAUAUCUCUGGAUGUAAUUCUCGUUGCCGUAGAAACAGAUUCAAUGUCUAGAUCUAAGAAAAACUGCUUCAAAAUAAUUACACCAAAACGCGCAUUUAUUGCAUGUGCACCAAAUGAGGAGGCUGAACGUGCAUGGCUGAACGCUUUACAAACGGCCUUAAACAGAACAAAAGAAAAGCAAAAAGAAGAAGAUAAUUCUCUUCAUUCGUCAGUUAUUGAAUCGACUGCCUAA